GAACUCUAUAAAAGCCGUUCUCCCCCAGCAGUGCUAGGCAUAGAAGCAGCCUAAAUCCUUAACUAUCUUGUAACAUUUCCUUAGAUAUUGCUCUCUUCACAAUGGCAUUGAAAUCAGCAAUCUCAGUCACAUUCUUGUGCCUUGCCUUGUUAGCACUAGCAAAUGGUUCUAAUGCUGGCAAAAUUGCAAUCUACUGGGGCCAGAAUGGCAAUGAGGGCACACUGGCCGAGGCUUGUGCCACAGGGAACUAUGAUUAUGUGAUCAUAGCCUUUUUGCCAACCUUUGGAGAUGGUCAAACUCCAAUGAUCAAUCUUGCUGGUCACUGUGAUCCAUACAGUAAUGGAUGCACUGGCUUAAGCUCAGACAUCAAAUCUUGUCAAGCCAAAGGCAUCAAGGUAUUGCUCUCUUUAGGAGGAGGUGCUGGAAGCUACUCAAUUGCAUCCACUCAGGAUGCAAGCCAAGUAGCCACUUAUCUUUGGAACAACUUCUUGGGAGGACAAUCUUCAACUCGCCCUCUUGGCCCUGCUGUUCUUGAUGGCAUUGAUUUUGACAUUGAAGGUGGAUCAAACCAACACUGGGGUGAUCUUGCCAGGUUCCUCAAAGGGUAUGGCCAGAAAGUGUACAUAACUGCAGCACCUCAGUGCACAUUUCCUGAUGCUUGGAUUGGAAAUGCUCUCACAACAGGCCUUUUUGACUAUGUUUGGGUCCAACUCUACAACAACCCUCCUUGCCAAUACACUUCUGGUGAAAUUAGUAACCUUGAAGAUGCAUGGAAACAGUGGAUAUCAGGUAUCCCUGCCAACAAGAUAUUCUUGGGGUUACCAGCUUCACCACAGGCUGCAGGAAGUGGCUUCCUUCCUGCCUCUGAUCUUACUUCCCAAGUGCUUCCAGCCAUCAAGGGCUCUGCUAAAUAUGGAGGUGUUAUGUUGUGGUCUAGGUAUUAUGAUGCCCAAAGUGGUUACAGUUCUUCAAUUAAGAGCUAUGUUUGAAAUCCAAUAAUGACUGCUACUCGCAUAUGAAUUAUAUAAGUAUGGAUGUGAAUAAAUAUUGAUAUCAGAAUGAAACUUUGUCCGUAUAAUGUUGUCUUGAUGAGAUAUAUAAACAGAUUUUCUUAUAUUUUUACUGUCAUGUACUUUUAACCUUGCCCUACUAUCAGAUGCAAAAAAGCGUUC